UGCGCAUGCCUCCUCGUGAUGACAGCAAAUGACAACCCUGUGUUCGCGUUAGCAAGAGCCAGUUUGAGACCGCAAACCGCCAACAAGCAAUUCUUCUUACUCGAGAAAUCCCAUGAUCAGCUGCGUGUAGAGGCGUUGUGAACAUUUUGAACGGACUAGGUACAUUUGUUGUUUACGUCCGCCUGAGUGAGUCUGCGAAGAUGGUGAAGCCAGACAUCCACACUCUGGCGCACCACCUAAAGCAGGAGCGGCUGUACGUGGCAUCGGAGAAGCAGCUCAUUCAGAGGCUCAACAGUGAUGUGCUGAAGACAGCUGAGAGGCUGUACCGGGCCGCCUGGAUCGCCAAGCAGCAGAGAAUCAACCUCGAUCGUCUCAUUCUCACCAGUGCGGAGGCCUCCCCAGCUGAGUGCUGCCAACAUGCCAAAAUGCUGGAAGAUACGCAGUUUAUAGAUGGUUACAAGACUCUGGGUUUUCAAGAAACAAUCUAUGGAGAAUUCUUGGCCAGGCUGAGGGAAAAUCCCAGGCUGGUUGCAUCCUGCCUUGUGGCAGGAGAGAGACUUAACCAGGAACACACCCAGGGUGUCAUCCAUAAUGUCUUCACCUCACUCUAUGGCAACUGUAUCAUGCAAGAGGAUGAGAGCUACCUGCUGCAGGUUUUAAGAUACCUUGUAGAGUUUGAACUGAAGGAGAGCGACAACCCUCGCCGUCUUCUCCGACGAGGGACCUGUGCCUUCAGCAUCCUUUUCAAACUCUUCUCCGAGGGCCUAUACUCAGCCAAGCUCUUCCUUACUGCAACCCUUCAUGAACCCAUUAUGCAGCUGCUGGUGGAGGAUGAGGACCACCUGGAGACGGAUCCAUCCAAGGUGACAGAGAGGCUUACUCCAGCUCAGCAGGAACGCUUUGGAGAGAAAGGUUCUGAGGACUACAAGAUGAAAGUGCAGGCGGCUGUUGAGGCCAAUGAAGUCAAGCUGGUUGCUCUUGUAAACAAGUUUAUUGGCUACUUGAAGCAAAACACCUAUUGCUUUCCUCACAGCCUGCGCUGGAUUGUGUCCCAAAUGUACAAGACUUUGUCAUGUGUAGAGCGUCUUGAAGUGGGCGAGGUGCGCACCAUGUGCACAGACCUGCUGCUGACCUGCUUCAUUUGUCCAGCCAUAGUCAACCCAGAGCAGUAUGGUAUUAUCUCAGACGCACCCAUCAAUGAGGUGGCUCGCUUCAAUCUAAUGCAGGUGGGGCAACUUUUGCAACAAUUGGCCAUGGCUGACGAUGAUGCAGACCCAAGGCGAAAAAGCAGUUUGUCUAAAUUUGAUAAGGGUUGUGUUGCUGCAUUUCUGGAUGUGGUGAUCGGAGGAAGAGCUGUUGAGACCCCACCCAUGUCCUCCAUGAACCUUCUUGAAGGCCUCAGUAGGACGGCAGUAUACAUUACUCAUGGCCAACUGCUUGCACUAGUGGACUUUGUUCGGAGUGUGACAGCAGGGGACCACCUUCGAGAGGAGGAGCACAUGGCCCUGGAGACCCUGCUGGCCAAUGUGCCCCAGUCUCGAACCGUGAAGAGCAACAGUCUGGAGCUCACUCCCUCCAACACCCCUCAGCUUUCUCCAGCCACCACUCCUGCCAACAAGAAGAACAGACUGCCCAUAGGACAACAUUUAGCUGCUAUAACAUCCUGGGACCCCACAGCCUCCUCUUUGUCUGCUCACAUUCCUUUAGUAACCCCUUUUGCUGCUCGGAGCCGCAGUCGUACCAACAUAGCCCAGGAGGGGGAGGCAGAGGCCAGCUCCCAGGAGUCACUACAGGAGCUGAUGCCAGAGGAGGUGCUCGUAAUUUCACUAGGAACCGGCCCUCAGACUGUCCCUGGGAUGAUGUCAGAGAAUGAGGUUUUGAACUUGCAUCUGGGUGAUGGGGCCUCGGGGGACGGUCCUACUGAUGAUACUAAGCUGCACGGUAAACCAGACAAAACCUUGCGCUUCUCGCUGUGCAGUGACAACUUGGAAGGAAUCUCUGAGGGACCAUCCAAUCGUUCUAACUCUGUGUCCUCUCUGGACCUGGACCGGGAGUCUGUUUCUGAGCUGGGAGCAGAACCAUCUGAAAACAACGGGGCAGAAGCUCUGCAGCUUCUGGAGCACGAACAUGCUACCACACAGGACAACCUGGAUGACAAACUGCGCAAGUUUGAGAUCAGGGAUAUGAUGGGUCUGACAGAUGACCGUGACAUCUCUGAGACGGUCAGUGAAACCUGGAGCACUGAUGUGCUUGGCAGUGACUUUGACCCAAAUAUGGAUGAUGAUCGACUGCAAGAAAUAGCAGGGGCAGCUGCAGAAAGCAUGCUCGGCAGCCUGCUGUGUCUUCCUGGCUCCGGUUCAGUUCUGCUGGACCCCUACGGAUCCACCAUCUCGGAGACCACGAGCGAAGCCUGGAGUGUGGAAGUUCUUCCCAGUGACUCAGAAGCCCCGGAUCUGAAGCAGGAGGAGCGUCUUCAGGAGCUGGAGAGCUGCUCAGGGGUUGGCAGUACAUCAGAUGACACAGAGGUCAGAGAAGUCAGCUCCAGACCCAGCACACCCGGCCUCAGCGUUGUCUCAGGUAUCAGUGCAACGUCCGAAGACAUCCCUAAUAAGAUCGAGGACCUGCGGUCAGAGUGCAGUUCAGAUUUUGGUGGGAAGGACUCUGUGACCAGUCCAGAUGGGGAGGAGUCGAGCCACGGAGCCCACAAUCUGACAUCUCCACCUUCACAGGCUGAAUCCUUACUGGCCAUGUUUGAUCCUCUGUCCUCUGGUGAAGGUUCCUCCACUGGGACAAUAGUUAGACCCAAAGUGCACUAUCCCAGGCCCAAUCACCCUCCCCCUGAUCCACCCAUCCCUGAAGCCUGUGCCCUGGGGCCUGAGACGCGCCACUCUCUUUUCACACCACACAGCUUGGUCCAGAGUGAGCUGGAACACACAAAGCAGCGUCACUCCUUCCCUGACAGGCUGGUGCGCAGUCGCAGCUCUGAAAUUGUGUGCCCCGGGCGCCGGCCCACAAGUGACCCUGGCCUUAACAGACGGGUGGCAGUAGAAGAGCGCGACUCUGCGGGGGCCUUCGUCUUAGGACCUUCCUCAUCACCCAGCAAAGACUCCCUGAAAGGAGAGGUGGAAGACAAGAAAGACAGUGAUGAUGAGAAGUCUGAUCGCAACAGACCAUGGUGGAAGAAACGGUUUGUGUCGGCCAUUCCCAAAGCUCCCAUCACAGCUUUUAAGAAAAGGGACAAACAAGAGAAAAAUGAUUCAGCCCAGGAACGAGUGCCACAAGAUGAGCCGUUGCCCCGGCAGAACAGUCAAGCCCAGGCAGCUGAGGACAUCUUGGACAAGUACAGGAACAUCAAGAAGCCAAGUGACGUCGCCUCAGCAGGGGCCUCUUAUGAUGGACCAGGAGAUCUUUGUGUUGAAGACAAUGGGAAUGACCCUCCGAGAGAAGACGCUCUGCAGAACAUUUCUGCUGAUGACCUGCCUGACUCAGCCAGCCAGACAGCACAGCAACAUGAUUCCAAGUUCUCCUUCAGUGAUGCAAAGAAGAAGCUGAGGUUGGCUUUGUGUUCUGCUGACUCAGUAGCUCUCCCCAUCAUGGCACCAGCAACCACACGUAACGGGCUGCCUGAUCACAUGGAUCCAGAAGACAAUGAGAUUGUCUGCUUCCUAAAGGUCCAGCUAGCAGAAGCAAUCAACCUUCAGGAUAAGAACCAAAUUGCCCAGAUCCAGGAGACCACACGCUGCGUCAGCCGCUUCGAUGCACGCACCUGCAGGAAGCUGCUGGCUGCCAUUGCAGAAGACUACAGAAAGCGCGCUCCAUACAUAGCCUAUCUGACCAGGUGUCGCCAGGGCCUGCAGACCUCCCAGGCCCAUUUGGAGAGGCUCCUACAGAGGGUGUUAAGAGACAAGGAAGUGGCAAAUCGCUACUUCACCACCGUCUGUGUUCGUCUCCUUCUUGAACAUAUGGAGUCAAAGAUGCUCGACUUCAUUAAAGCGUUCCAAGGGUGCACAGCAGCUGAUGACAAGACAGCAGCGGUGGAGGAUUUUCUGCGCUACUUGUACGGUGCCAUGGCCCGUGAUGCCAUUUGGCAGUAUGCAAGCGAAGACCAGCUGCAGGAUGCCCAGAUGGCUAUCGAACGCAGCGUUAUGAACCGCAUCUUCAAGCUGGCUUUCUACCCCAAUCAGGAUGGAGAUAUUCUCAGAGACCAGCUUUUCCAUGAACACAUCCAGCGGCUUUCAAAAGUUGUUACAGCAAAUCACAGAGCUCUUCAAAUACCAGAGGUGUACCUAAAAGAAGCUCCCUGGCCGUCUGCACAGUCUGAGUUUCGGACCAUCAAUGCCUAUAAGACCCCCCGAGACAAAGUCCAGUGUAUUCUGCGGAUGUGUUCCACCAUCAUGAAUCUUCUCAGUUUAGCCAACGAAGACUCUGUGCCAGGAGCCGAUGACUUUGUCCCCGUUCUUGUCUUCGUCCUCAUAAGGGCAAACCCGCCCUGCCUGCUGUCCACCGUUCAGUACAUCAAUAAUUUCUACGCCAGCCGGCUGAGUGGGGAGGAGUGCUAUUGGUGGAUGCAGUUCACCGCGGCGGUGGAAUUCAUUAAGACCAUCGACGAUCGCAAGUGAAGCAGAACAGCCACCUGUAUGGGCAGACUGCUGGGGAAGGAGCCGGGAGACUGGGAGACUUCCCAACCAACUGCUCCCUCUGCACAGCUUUGAAAACCUGGCUCUCAGCCUGCUCUUUAUUUGUAUAGCUUGUACAUAGCCAGAGAUGCUGAAGGAAAAACAAAAUAUAUAUUACUGUACGUAUGUGGACAAAUCCAGGUUUGUGUAGGGGGGGGGGGGGCAGCUUUGUGGACAAUUGGCAACAUAUCAACCCAAAACUGAUUUAAAUUUGUCUUCAUCUUUUUUCAGUUUCUCUUCUCAUUAAAAAUGUUUCAUAUAUACAAUUACCAAUUAAGACAUUAAAUUUAUUUAGAAUAUAAUCUUAUAAAAAAGGGACCAGACUUCCUUGAUGAUAGUAUUUGUUUUUAUUUGUUUUCCACCUGGGUUAGAGGGAUAGCUUCCAAUUAAAUGACAGUAUGUUUAUUUAAUGCAUUUUUCUCACACUGAUCUACAAUCAUGACUUCUGAUGGCAUUUAGUGACAUUCACACAAUACCAUACCCUCAAUAGUUAGUUCAUCUUACAAUUAGGCAGCUUGUUUCAUCAGUUUUUAAAAAAUGUAAUCUUACUCUAAAACAUUCGUUAAUCUGGACACAAGGGCCUCUGUGUGUAUGAGAUGAAAUGUAUUUAUUUCUGUUUUCCUAUUUAAUGUUUUAGACAUGAACAUGCACAUCAUGCCCGUUCAAGAUGUCAGAGGCAAGCAAUGUUACAACAAACUUGGCUUGAUAUGCUGGAGUUAGGA